GCCGCCACCUCCCGCCGUCCGCCUUUUGUGCCGCGCGCGCUCCCCGCACACACAGUCGCGCGUACCCGCAGACGCGCAGCCAGCCCCGCACCGCACACACCCGGGCCGCCUCCCACACCCUCUGCCCCGAGGCGCCGGCGAGCAGCCGCAGCGGACCCCUCUCCUUUGUGUGGCGGCCGCCGGCCGGCCGGCCAAGGCCACCCUCGGGCCCGGCGCGGGGGGGCCAUGCCGCAUCGCGCUGCCGCCACCGCCACCACCACCGCCUCCUCCCCGGACACGGCCGGCACUAGCCUGGCCUCCCUGGAGCUCGACUCGGCGGCCAUGGAGCACUACGUGCAGGUCCGCAUCUUCAAGAUCAUCGUGAUCGGCGACUCGAACGUGGGCAAGACGUGCCUGACAUUCCGCUUCUGCGGCGGCACCUUUCCCGACAAGACUGAAGCCACCAUUGGCGUGGACUUCAAGGAGAAGACGGUGGAUAUCGAGGGCGAGAAGAUCAAGGUGCAGGUCUGGGAUACUGCAGGCCAGGAACGGUUCCGCAAGAGCAUGGUGGAACAUUACUACCGAAAUGUGCAUGCUGUGGUCUUUGUCUAUGAUGUCACCAAAAUGACUUCCUUUAUCAACCUGAAGAUGUGGAUCCAGGAAUGCAAUGGGCACGCUGUCUCCCCACUUGUCCCCAGGGUGCUUGUGGGCAACAAGUGUGACUUGAGGGGACAGAUCCAGGUACCCUCUAGCCUGGCUUUGAAAUUUGCCGAUGCUCACAACAUGCUCUUGUUUGAAACAUCAGCCAAGGACCCCAAAGAGAGCCAAAAUGUGGAGUCGAUUUUCAUGUCCUUGGCCUGCCGUUUGAAGGCUCAGAAAUCACUGCUGUACCGAGAUCUGGAGAAGCAGCCAGGAAAGGUGCAGAAACUGGAGUUCUCACAGGACCCAAACAGCAAAACUUCUUGUCCGUGUUGAAGCCCAAUGGUUUCAGAUGAGCUAUUGUUACAAUUUCUCCCCUUUUCCUGUGACUCCACCAAACUGAUGAACACAGCUCGUUUCUGUACAAGUUGACAUUAAAAUAUGAUUUAUAUAGAUUA